CUGAAGCUAUAUAUUGUUUUUUCCAUGUGAAUGUAGUAUAAAAGGAAGGCAUGUGGGAAGCUGCAGGUUUCGGCAAGUUCCAAGAAGAUCCUUAUAAUGGGAGGCACCAGAUUUAUUGGUAUCUUUUUGUCCAGACUUCUUGUCAAAGAAGGCCAUCAGGUUACUCUGUUCACAAGAGGAAAGGCCCCAAUUGCACAACAGUUGCCAGGAGAAUCGGACAGUGACUUUGCUGAUUUCUGCUCCAAGAUAUUGCACUUGAAGGGAGAUAGAACGGACUAUGAUUUUGUUAGGAGAAGUAUCUCUGCUGAAGGUUUGGACAUUGUGUAUGACAUAAAUGGACGGGAAGCAGUUGAAGUGGAACCCGUAUUGGAUGCAUUGCCUAAUCUUGAACAGUACAUAUACUGCUCCUCAGCUGGUGUUUAUCUCAAAACUGAUUAUUUGCCCCACUACGAGACUGAUGAAGUUGACCUAAAGAGCAGGCACAAAGGGAAGCUGGAGACAGAAAGGUUAUUGCAAUCACGAAGCAGCGUUAAUUGGACUGUUAUAAGACCAGUCUAUAUAUAUGGUCCCUUGAACUACAAUCCCAUUGAAGAGUGGUUUUUUCACCGCCUCAAAGCCGCCCGCCCAAUCCCCAUUCCCAAUUCCGGAAUGCAAGUAACCCAACUUGGUCAUGUUAAGGUUAGCAAAAUAGUAAGAGAUUGGAAAUGAAUAAAUCAUUAAAAACCUGAAAAUAUAUUCUCUCAGUUAUUAUUAUCAUGAUCAACAUGUCUUCCUAUGAUGUUUUACUUUUAUUGUCAUGGGUGCAAUUUUUUAAAUUGGGCAAUAAUAUCCCGCCUUGAGGCACACCUUGCAGAUUUUCCGGUGAUUUGCGAUGAACGGCGUAUUCCUUUUGACGACAUAGCAAGGCUGAGGCGUAGGCUCUAAGGCGCAUGCAAUGCAGCAUUGCAUAAAAAAGUAUGCAAUGGAUGGGAGGCUAUUAAAUAAUUAUUUGACUCGUCUCAUCGAUUCAUCUGCUCCCUCUCGUCGCUCGCCUCUCCCUAUUGUCUCUGUAUGUGCUUGUCGUCUUGUACUCUCAUCUGCUAGCGUGGUAGCCAAGGUAGCGAAGAUACUCCCGUCCAGUGGCCGUUUUAGGUGUCAAAAUAGCGACCUUAGAGGCUUUUUAGUCCCAAGUUUAAACCAUUCGGGCUUCCCAUCCGGGUUAUGUGCUUUCUUUUAGCUUUUAGAGAAUAUUUAGUAGUCUUAGAAUCCCAUAUCCAAAAAUUUAAGUGGAUAUGAUGAGUUAAUAAGAUCUAAGGGUGGACUAACUUAAUAUAUUGGAAUUAGUCAUUUCGUGUGGCUUGACCCAAUUGUCUUACGGUCUAGUUAGUGCCCCAACCGAUCUUGAAUUUGUAGCAUUCACUUUUAUCCAUGCUGAAAAAGAUGCAAAGUUUGUACAAAUGAUACUAAAACUGGAACCAAAAAAAUAAAAAAAUAAAUGGCAACUUAAAGGGCCUAGAUUUAUGUAUACAGGAUCUUGCAAGAGCCUUUGUUCAGGUUCUUGGUAAUGAUAAGGCAAGGAAACAGGUGUUUAACAUUUCUGGAAAUAGAUAUGUUACUUUUGACGGAUUAGCAAAGGCAUGUGCGAAGGCUGGUGGGUUCCCUGAGCCAGAUAUUAUUCACUACAACCCAAAGGAGUUUGAUUUUGGUAAAAAGAAAGCAUUUCCAUUUCGUGAUCAGCAUUUCUUUGCAUCAAUUGAGAAGGCAAAGAGUUUGCUGGAGUGGAAACCAGAAUUUGGGCUGUUUGAAGGUCUUACAAACUCAUACAACCUAGACUUUGGCCUCGGAACCUUUCGCAAAGAAGCAGACUUCUCCACGGAUGACUUGAUUCUCGGGAACAGUCUUUUUCGCUAGAGUUAGCCACGGCCUUCGGUUUCUUUCUUACCUUAAGGAACUCUUUCCAUUGUGCAGUUUCUUCAUUAAAAAGAAAAAUUACGAAACUUGUCACCUUGAGUUGAUGUAAAUGAAAUAAUAAAUGCUUCUAGAUACAGUUAGUUUUCUAUUUACCAGUUCUAUGAUAUUAGGAAUUUUAUCAUUUAGGGACCUCAAAGUUGAGCAUUCUAUCAUUUAGGGACCCGAAAGAUAAACUCUAUCAUUUAGGGACCUAUAGUAUUAGAAUCUCUCAAUUUAAUGCUCAAAAUUUUAACACCGUUAAAAUACAACUUAGAGAGUCUGAUGUGGCGCCACAUAAGUAAAAAACAAAUACAUAUUUAAUAACGAUAUAAAGAAUUAGAAAAUAUACUACGUAUAAGCUUAAACUUAUACGCAGCCGCCUAUCCCAGACUCUGCUGCUUCCUUCUUCGUUGCUUCCUUCUUCGCAUACAAGAUUCAGCAAUUCUCAUCAAAGGUUUGUACUUUCUCCCAUCCUUGUACCACAUCUGUGAUUAUUUAAAACAUAAUUUUCAGGAAUCAUCAUCAUCAAAAAACGGUGCACAUGCUCCUUUAAUAAGGUUUAAACUAGGGUCAUCUUGAAUUACAUAAUGCACCAAGCUAUUCACUCAGUCAAACCAGACUUUGACAUUGAUCGUGCUUUUUUAUAUUUUUUUAAUUAUUUUGUUUUGUAAGAUAUCAUGAAAGUGGUUAUGAAACAGUGUUUUCAAAAGUAUUUGGUACUUAGAUUUCAUCACAAAAACAUAUUAUAUCCAUAAGUGAAGAAUAAAGUGAAGAUCAGAUUAGAAUUUCAAAAUUGAGUAGAAGGAAACACUAGAGAACAUACCUAAACUCUAAACUCAUAGAGCAUACAUGCCUAAGUUAAAGUAAAUUUGAGUGGUAUAAUCUAGAGAUUAUUUUGUUGUGGAGUGUAAUUGAUAUGGAUGUAAUAAAAAAAAGGUAAAAGAUAUAAUUAUCUGUUAGAUAAAUUUUCUGUAUUUCAGAUAAGUUUUAGUUGCUUGACACUAUUUUGACAGUUGUUUUAUAAUUUUGUUUACAGAUGGCAGCUGAAAAUGAUGACUGGAGUUUAGAUGAAUAUAAUAGCGAUGAUGACAAACAACCAGCAUGUUGGUCACAUGCCACCAAUGAUACUUUUUAUAAAUUUCGUGAUACAGGUGACUUAUCUGAUUUCUCUGAGCCAGCUACGAUAGAAUCUUUGGCAGAAUUAAGGAGCAUCCAUGAUUCUGAAUCUCCAACAAGUGCAGACGAAGCUGACUCUGCACAUAUUCAAGCAGCUCCCGGGGAUGUCAACUUCAGGUUGGAACAAUCAUUUGCAUCUAUAGAUGAUUUUUACGAAGCUGUUAAAACCUACGGGGUUCAAAAUAUGUAUAAUCUGACCUUUUUGAAGAAAGAUAAGAUAAAAUGUCGUGUAAAGUGUGUGAACGAUUGCCCGUGGCUUAUAUACUGUUCCAAAGUUGGAUGUUCAGAAACUUAUAAGGUCAAAACAUUUAUCUCAAGUCAUACCUGUCAGAAAGAGGGAGUGAAGGCAAAUUUUGCUGAUACCAAGUGGUUGGGAAAUAAGUUAAUUGAAGACUUCAGAGAACAUCCAAACAUGACAGGUCCGGAAGUGAAAGAUCUUAUAUAUAAGAAAUGUAAUGUCAUGGCUAGUAUUGCAAAGGCUUAUAGAGUAAAAGCAUAUGCAUCACAAUCACUUCAUGGCAAUGUUGCUCAACAGUAUUCUAAAUUACCUAAUUAUUGUGCCGAGUUACUGAAGACCAACCCUGGAUCAACAGUUGAAUUAAUUUGUCCAAAACAUGGUGAGAAUGGACCAUCAAGAUUUGAUAGAAUAUAUGUAUGUAUAGAUGCAUGUAAAAAGGGGUUUAUAAAUGGAUGUCGUCCACUAAUUGCACUAGACGGAUGCCAUCUAAGUGGAUACUAUCGCGGUCAGCUUCUUGCAGCGGUUAGUCUUGAUGGGAACAAUGGUCUAUUCAUUGUAGCUUAUGCUAUUGUUUCAUCUGAAACUAGAGAGACAUGAGUUUUUUUCAGUAAUAGAAAGGUAGAUACCUUGAGGAUGUUUACCUGUUAAACAGCAGGUUGCAGGUCACCUAAGACUAUUUUGAGAAGGAUACCUCUUAAAUUCAGAUUCUUUUGGAAUUACACAUACAUGACAUUAAUAUGAGAAGAACCCAUUUAGGUGGGAUUAUUGAUGUGAAUUUUUCCUUGUAAAAAUCCAAAGUACUCUACUAAAAUCCACCAAAUGAGAUCAUGAUAAGCCUAAAAGAAACUAAGAAAAAUAUACAUAUACAGAAUCCAUAUAAUUCAAAGUUUAGGACAACUUGAUGUUGAUGAACCUAUAAAAUUCUACUCUCAAAAAGGGAAAAAGAAUAGAUAUAUACAAAAUCCAUAUCAUUCAAAGUUUAGUCGAUUACCUUGACUUUUUAAUAAAAUUGGAUCUGAUUUAUAAUUUAAUAACACCAAGGACUAGAAAUUCUAAAUCUCAUUAGAAGAAUCUUGCAAUAAAAUUCAGAUGCAUCCAACCCAAAGAGGACAUAACACUUAUUUUCCCAUGAAGAAGCUAUUGAGAGAGGCUUUACGUAUUCAAGCAUCUUUUAAGUUGGGUGGGGGAUUUAUCAAAUAUGCGACCUAAUUUUCUUAUAGAGAGAAAAGGAAUAGAGUUAAUUAAGAAGCAGAUGUCAUACCGUCUCUCCUUUUUGCGGACAAAAUUUAUCGGUAAACUAAGCUCUGAUUUCUCUUCUCAUAAUAAAGUAACAGGGAGGCAGUGUCGGGGAAGACGAAGCUCUUCGAAGGGAAACAGUUGACGAGAACAAGCAAAUCAUUCUUUGUUUUUGGUACUCUAUAAAUGGAUGAGUAUUCCCGAUAUCACUCUUGGCUUUGGCGCCGUGGAAGGUCUACAUCUCUCUUGCGCUUCACCUGUUUUCUCAGAUAUCUUUGAAAGACAGUUUCGAUCCGCGAAGGUGAGGGUUGAAGAUGAAGAGGUCUGUAGGUGAGGUAAGAUGAAUAGAAUUGUGGAGUUUCUGGCUGUCGGUGAAAAUGUAAGGAUAAGACAUCAUUAAUCAACUUUACGUUGAGAUGGAAUAGAAGAGCAAUGAUUCAGACUGAUGAAGUGGCAGUUUUAUUUACGAAACAAUAUUUUUUUAAUAAAUCAAGUGCCACAUCAGUUUGUCGUUAGAAGCAGGUUAACGGUGUUAAAAUUUUGAGCAUUAAAUUGAGAGAUUCUAAUACUAUAGGUCCCUAAAUGAUAGAGUUUAUCUUUCGGGUCCCUAAAUGAUAGAAUGCUCAACUUUGAGGUCCCUAAAUGAUAAAAUUCCAUGAUAUUAUUAUGUCUAGCUGACACGCCUACACAUGUCCGCUUGUGAAGAGUGCUAACC